CAUUGGCCUGGCAAAGACACUUCCAGCAUGAUUAUUCCAGUCUAAAUUUCCAAAACAAACGAGAACAAAAUUUUCGGCUUUGCUCGGGCGUGCGACUUCUUGGUGGCAGUGGGGCGAUAAUUAGGGAGCAGAAUGCCUGACCAGGACGAGAAGAAAGACGAGAGUAAGGAACCCACACGGCCCACGAAUGCAGCCUUAGAAUUUGGUCUGGAGGACCAUGAAGCCACACAGGAGGAUCCGCGGGUAGCGGCUCUGAAGAAGGCGGACGAUGCGCGCCGUCUAUCGACGCAGAGUGGCAAUACGGUCAAGCGCACCGUGUCUCAGUAUAGAGCUCAAAUCGUGACUCCGCCUCCGGAUAAGUCACCUGAGCCAGAUUCUGUGGCUGCGAGCCCACCCGAUACGCCCUCUGAACUUCCUCAAUAUGAAACCAGGACAGAACAACAGGCCCACUCCGAGGACCACCCAUACAAUGCUGCCACGGAUUUUGGCUUGGAGGAAACUAAAGCCACAGCCCAAGAUCCCAGGGUGACGCGCAUCAUGAUCUCCGAGCGAAAACCAAAGACACCAACUGCGGAGUUAUCGAAAUCUCAGCUGCCAACACAGGAGAGUUCAAAGACGCAAUUACCGGAGAAAACUGCGGAGGUGAAGCCACAAGAGGCAAGUCCAACACAGGAGAGUUCAAAAACGCAAUUGCCGGAGAAACCUAAGGAGGUGCAGCCACAAGAUGCAAGUCCAAAAGAAGUUCUGUUACCGCCAGCACCACCGAGGCCCGAAGAGCCGAGGACUGCCCCAAAGCCAGUGGAUACCGAUAAGAUACCUCCACCACCUCCGAGACCGGAGGACGUGCGAAUGCCGCCGCCCACAAUGUACAGUAGUGGGUGUGUUACGGGUGCUUGUCCUGUGCCAGCAAGGCCAGGACAUGGACGCGGUAAAGAUGGGGCUUGCAACGAGGCAUGCGGCAUGCCCUGUAAGAAUCCCAAUCAGACAGACGUUUGGAAGGACCCAGAAGAGGAUACGGGCAACACAAAGAGGAUCAACACCGACUACACGAUCGACCCGGCGAAGGAGUUUACUCGGACACGGACAAGCACUGAAAAAAUUGCUCAUUAUGAUGUGCCCAUGCGGCCCACAGAUGAGAGUGAAAAGAGUGAAAAGGUUGCCACCGUAAGCACCAGAGAGGCUACUGAAGCAGAAGCUAGUGCAAGUGAUGAGCCGGAUAAAAAGAAAUCGCUAAUGGAGUAUAGUAGCAGUGAAAGUGAUAUACCAUCGGAAAUACCACCCCAUAUGGUUGAUGCAGCAACCAGUGGAACUGCUGUACCGAUAUCGUCAAAGGAGCCACCUACUGUGGAGGAGCUCUUCACUGUGGCCAGCAAACAGGUGAAGGCGGCGGGUGCCAUUGCUCUGGCAGCUAACCAGGGGAAGCAGGAGUACACCACCAAAGAGCAUGAGCACGAUAUCCUGACCCGCACCGAUAACGAGGUGGAGGAGAAAUUCAUACGAGAGAUGAGCGCGCUGUAUCCGACCCACAAAUUCAUUGGUGAGGAGGCCAUUUCCAAGUCAGAGACAGGUCAGGUGGAGCUGACAGAUGCGCCCACUUGGAUCAUCGACCCCAUUGAUGGUACGAUGAACUACGUGCACCACUUUCCCUACUACUGCAUCUCAGUGGCUCUGGUAAUCAAUCAGCGGCCCGAGUUCGGCAUCGUUUACAAUCCACCCAUGGACGAAAUGUACACGGCCCGACGGGGAAAGGGCGCUUUCCUCAAUGGCACGCCCAUCAAGACCAGCGGGCAGCAGAGUCUGGAGCAUGCCCUCGUCCUGCAGGAGUACAGCACUGGAAUGAACGAAGACCGCAAUACGGUUGUUCUUGGCAAUACCAAGCGUCUGCUCAAGAAGACCCAUGCAAUGCGUUCCAUUGGCUCCUCGGCCAUGGGUUUGGCUAUGGUUGCCUCAGGCGUUGCCGAUGCAUUCUACUACUUUGGCCUGCAUAUCUGGGAUAUGGCAGCGGGCGUGAUCCUGGUCCAGGAGGCCGGUGGAGUCGUUAUCGAUCCUGCCGGCGGUGAACUGGACCUCAUGUCCCGGCGCUGUCUGGCAGCCGCAUCCAUGCCCUUGGCCACGGAAUUGUCCGAUCAGUUGGACCAAAACUAUCCCUCACCACGCGAUGACCAGCCAAAUUCCCAAACUCCGAAAGUCGAGACGAAAGAUUUCUUCGCACAAACUGACUUUACCGACUCAAACGAAUCCCUAACCACGGAUAAUAGUGCAACGCCAAACAAACAAAAACCACCAGUGCAUGCUAACCAAGAAGUCUAAGCCACUAAAUUAUUUAAUUAUCAACUAAGUAUAAAUAAAAUGCAAGUAAAUCGCAUAUCAAACCGUUAAGUAUCAA